CUCGAGCAGUUUAUUGCUGGCCACAGGCGGAAAACAACCGACUUUCCCGCCGUUCCAAAUUUGAAUACUCCGUUUCGGAAUUCGAAAUUUGUGCGUUCUUUUUUUCUAGUGUCAAAAGUUUAUUUUUUUUCGCUGUAAGAAGCUUGGUGUCGAAUUUUUUUUGUCAGAGGUUUUAGUCGAUUUUGUUUUAUUGUGAAUUGUGGUAGGAUUUUUAGUGUUUUCUGUGUUAAAAAGGUUUUGUGUUAAGUUUGUGGACUGUAUUGUGUUAGUGCGUUGAAUAUUAAGAGAUAUUUUUCGGGAUUCUAAGGAGAUAAAAGGUACAGCGAGUGAAAAGUGAGUGUUAUAAGUGAUGAGUGUAAAUUGAGUGAGUGAGUGAGUGAGUGAGUGAGUGAUGGAGGCGACGCCGUUGCCUCUGGAGGUGGACGAGGAAGGUCGGCCGCAGCAGGGAUCCUCGACCGGCAGCGGAUCUUCAUCAGGAACUGGAUACUAUGCUCAUAAAAACGGUGAAUGGCGAGGCGAGCGAAGGAUGCUGGACAUCACCCGAGACAAGCCUGUCAAGGUGUGCGUACGAGUCGUCGUGCCCGUCCGGGAUCAUCCUAAGUUCAACUUUGUGGGCAAACUGCUGGGACCCAAAGGCAACUCCUUGAAGCGGCUACAGGAGGACACCAUGUGCAAGAUGGCGGUGUUAGGACGAGGGUCCAUGAAGGAUAGGCAGAAGGAGGAAGAGCUCCGUGUGUCAGGAGAUCCGAAGUUCGCCCACCUGUCAGACGAGCUCCACGUGGAGAUCAGCGCCUUCGCAACACCAGCUGAAGCACACGCCAGGAUCGCGUACGCACUGGCUGAACUUAGGAGAUUCCUAGUACCGGACUACAACGAUGACAUCAGACAGGAGCAGAUGUUGGAGAUGCAGAUCCUGUCCUCGCAGACUGAGCAGCGCCGGCUCACUCCUCCCGAGUCCUCCCGGAGCGGCAGCGAGGAGGCACUCCCUCUCAGGGACACUACGCAUAAACAGAGACUCUCCGGAGUGCCACCAUCUCCAGCGCCGGCGUCUCUGCCUGGUGGCAUUGCCAUCAACCACGGCACCAACACUCGGGACUUCUCGCCGCCAGCACCGACACCAGCUCCUGAUCAUCUGUCUGCUGCACAUCAUCAGCUGGCAGCCGGGCACACGGGACACGGCGUGCUGGUGGGAGGGGGGGUGCUGCAACAAGCCCCCACUCAUCACCUGCUCACACAAAACUCUAUACUUGGUGGAGGCGAUAUCCUGGGGCUGAGCAGCCCGGUGCUGGGCGGCGUGCUGCACGCCCACCCGGCGCUGCGCGGCGUCAAGCCGGCCGCCGUGCAUGCGCUGGCGACUCAAGGUGCGGCUGGGCCGGGGGCUGCAAGUACGGCGCGCAAGCGACCACUGCUGGGAGGCACUCGGGCCGCUAUGUCGCCGACUAAACGCGCCGUGAUGACCCUACUGGCUCGCGCUAGGGCUGCCACCCACAAACACGCGCCCACGUGGCCUGCGCCCCACGAACCGCAGCUGACAUACUACUCGACCUAUCCCAGUCCACUUCUGGAUAUGAGCCUCUUCCAGAAAGGGAUGUAGACAUAAUGCACACAGCCCUUCUACCACUUAUAAGGGACGAGUUCGUCACCGGCGUAGGUGUCAAUAUCAACCUAGCAUAAUUAUACAAUACCUAGUCAAACGACGAACCUAGAUUACUCUAGUCACAAUCAAUAAAUCGAAUUAAUUUUAGUAAAUUAGUUUUUAAUUAUUGUAACUCUUAAUUUGUACCUGCUUUGUGAGAUAUAUAUACAAUUACUUAUAUAUUAUAAUUAUAAUUAUGUAUAAUAUGGAUUAUAAGAUGGAAAGACAAAUGGAAAGAAAAGUCGAAUACUAAAAUGAGUGUCGAAUGUUUUGAUAUUUAUGUAUAUCAAUUGUUUAUGAGUUUUAGGAAACAGAGAGUAAAGUUCCCUAAGAAAAGGAGGACCCUCCGACCAGGCGAGGUGAUCACGCAUUAACUGUUGUUCGUUAAGAUUUUCUAUCCAUGUUUAUUUGUAUAUAAACUUCACAUGUGCUAUGUAGGAUUUUUAUGACGUCAUCCGUUGAUUUGCUCGUCGGUAGUCUAUGUGCGACUUCUGUCAUCUGUCACUUCUCCUAUGUCGCUACAAGUUUAUAGAAACUCAGUAUUAGUACGGAGUCUGGAUUAAUCCAGACCCGUCCAGUGGUUUGUGCUGUGCGUUAAUAGAUCACUGUCAGACAGCCAGUCAGUCACCUUUGAGUUACAUAUAUUUAAAUACAGAAUAUUUCGACACUCAUUAUAGUAAAUUCGCUCACUGAACAAGGAUAUAUGGGUGUGAUUAUUUUAAUUUUCCUAAGUAUACUGUGUAAUAAAACCUACUUGGUCGAUAAAUACGAACGAAUGUUAUUUUUACUUUAUGAAUUUUCAUUGCUGUAUUUGUUAUCUGUUUACAAAAUGGCGGAAUAAAAUACCGCCAAUAUUUGACAGUUAUAACUCGGGGAUUUGAAAAUAGAAUUUUAUUAUAAUUCCGAUGUGUGUUGGUUUCAAUAUAGUUAUGUUUUAUUCUAUUUAGUAUGAAUUUAAUAUAAAUUAUUUGUAUUAGAUUUUAGUUUAUUAAAUUACUUUAAGCCAAUAUGUUGCUGUACAGAAAUUCGCAACUAAAUAUUAGGAUUUAUGCUCCAUGUAAGUUAUUUCAGAACAUUACGAAAUACAAAUGUCGCUAUUUUAAUUUAUUAACUUCUGUGAAAUAUUGUAUUUAUUCCAAAUAGUACUUUGUGUAUCAUUUUGGAAAAACUAAAUUUUUUGAAAAAAAGAUUAUAAGACAAUUUCAAUUGGCAUUAAUCAGCUUAGCUGAAAUAAUGUGACAGCAAUUUUGAACCUGGCAAUCAAAACAAAACCUUCAAAAUACUAUAAAAAUUUAGAAAUAAUAUUUUAAAAAGCAAGAAUUUCCAUUCCCUGCGAUAUUUUCCUUUGUAGGCCUAUUACACUGAUCAAAAAAGUACUUUAAAUUACAUACGCACUAAUACUGAAAUACUAGUCAAUUUUAGGUUGUACUUAAAAAUCGUGCUAUCUCUGUCAUUUUAUAAAGAGUUGAUAGUGACAGAACUAGUCUUGAGAGCGUCUUAAAAUUGUGUAGCGUUUGAGUAUAUUAAAGCAUUAACUGCUGAAAGAAAACUGUUGAAGGCUCUGCUAAGUGUCAGUCACUAUCUGUGACCACUUGACAUAACCUUGAGACUAAUCUCAAUUGAAAAGGAAUCAUAAGAAAAAGUAUUUAGAGUCUUUUUUUGAUCAGAAAUCGCAACUUAAAAAAACCCCGUAACGUAGGGCUUUUAGAUAUUAAUUAACGGACCACUGUGUAUUUAAUAUCCUAUGCCUUGUAGGGGAGUAUUGUAUAUAGAAGAUAUAUCACUAUAUUUAGCCGUAAGCCAAAUCUUAGCAGACGAUAAUAUAUUAAUAAAAUAUAUUUCAGAAAUUAUGAAACGUUUUAAAACCUUUCAAUGUCAGUUUUAGGUCGAAUUACAUUUUGUCAAAUAUACACACUCAUACACAAUAAAUAAUACAUAAAUACACACUCAUCUUAAUGUCAUAAAUUGUUGGAUCUGUCAGUGAUUGAACUCGACUCAUGAGUGUCUAGGAGUGUCAAAUAAAUCACUAAAAAGGCGUGAAAUGAAAACAUAAAUCAGAAAAAUGGACGUUAGAAAAAUAUAAAACUGAACGAGAUUUUACCACUCAUUUUAAACAAAAUUCUCUACAAAAUAUUUUGUAAAUUAUUCUUGACAAAAAUGUAAUUCGAAAUAAAACCGAUUUAUAUAAAUAAUAUGAUAUUUUAUAUUAUUAAUAAUACAUAGUUAAUAUGUCACAAUAUCGAAUAAUAGAAAAACUGAUUCAGCACAUUGCACAUGGUUUGAAAAUUCUUUCAUCAAAAUACAGUUUUAAAAUUUCAAAAAAUAUGUCGGGCACACAAUAAAUACCAUUCUUAAGGCACAUAUUUUUACCAAUAGAAAAUAUUGAGAUUAAUAAUUGUAUUAUUAAAAGAUUAUUAUUAUUAUAUUACUAUUAAGAGAAUAGCUAUUAUUAAAUAACAAUAAAAAAAUGCUUUGGGAAUUACUGUAAAAUAGCUCGUGAAAUGCGAAUACUAAAUGAUAUUUAGUGGAAAAUUUAAAUUAAAUGUUAAAUUUGUAGAAAUGAUAAUUAAAUAAAUAUUAAUGUAUUUUUAAGAAAUUAAAAGGCCACUUGUAUGACAAUUCAUUAUACCUACAUGCGCAGUGUGAAAUAUUUCAUGAUUUAUUAUUUAUUUUGAGCGAUAUAUUACUAAAUAUUUAAGAAAUAAGUUUUUCUAUAAUAAAAAAUCAGUGAAUUGUCUACAAAGUGAGUCUGUAAAAUUAAUUAGAGAUUUAAAAACGAACGAUAAAAGCGACGUCCACGUGCAGUUCAAAGUGUAACGACUAUUAUAAGUUCCGAAACGAAAUAUAUAUUUGAAAAUGGCUAACAACAUUUACGAUUUGAUAACUUUGCAUAGUUCCUGAAAAUAAUUUACAAACAGAGUUUCAUUCAAGGCAAGAUGUUUACAAAAAUGUCAUUUUCAAAUAUAAAAAAAGAAAGUAAUUUGUGUAAAAUUAAUAUUUUAAAUGAGUGUCAAAUAAUAUUUAGAAACUAAGCUAAAACUUAACGUACCUAAGCUUAAAUUAUAAGUAAGAAUAAUUAAUAAAAUAAAUGAGUAUUAUAAAUUAAAUGUAAAUAUUUAUAAUAAUGUUUAAUCGCUUAAAUAAUUAUCUCGUCUGUGUUUUGUGAUAUAUAGGUACCUAGUUAGCGAAUUCACAUCUCUACGAAAUGGCAUUGUUUGGAUAUAUUUAUUAUAAUAUAUUUUAAAUAGGGAUUGAUGACCCCCGUUAUAUGAAUAUUAAAAAUCUAUUUAGUCCGUCAGUUAGGUAAUGAGAAAAUAUUAAACACGUCAGAAAAGAAAUACGUGUCUAAUGUUUUAAAAUUAAUAAUCUACAAGACGGACAUUAAAAUGAAAAUUUGUCAUCUACCCUAUUGCGCUAUUUGCUACGAUUUGUUAGAAAAGAAAAAUGCUACCGAUUUCAUUGUAAAACUGUGUUUCCAUUUUAACAAAUUAUGAAAACGAAUGUAGGUAUUGAAUUAAUAGGUAAGUGAAAAUAUAUUAUGUACCGAGUAAAGUAGAUUAUUAUCCAUUUUGUUUGAAGAAAAAAAUAUUUGUUUGAUUAAUUUUUUUAAUAGGGAUGAUGACGGCGUAUGAAAUUUAAAAAUCUAUUUAGUCCGUCAGAUACGUAAUGAAAAAAUAUUAGACACGUAUUUGUUAUUUGUUCAUGUAAGAUAUUAUACUUAGAUGAAACGAAUCAAAGUUUAGGAGUGGAAGCAAGCGUUUUAUACGUCAUUUCUACGUAUAAAACCUACUUACAGAUGACGUCACGCGAUAUUUUAAAUCAAUAUUUGUUUCUCUAAAAAAUAUAAAAUACGUGUCUAAUAUUUUAAAAUAACCUACCAGACGGACAUUAAAAUAAAAAUUUGUCAUCUACCCUAUUAUCGCAUUGCAUUCAAUUCUAACAUAACACUAUGAAACUUAAAUCUUUAAUUUAAUACGAAAUAUGAAUAUCACAAAACUGUUUAUAUUUAAAAAAGUAAUGUUUUCUUUUUAAUCGAUGCGAUGUUUAUUUGUUUUCAAUUAAAGUGUUUAUGAUUGUCGUGAUUGUUUAAGUUAAUUUUGUGUUGGAGCGCGGCUUUUAUGACGGAACAAUAGGAACACCAAUUAAUUCUUAGCAAUUAGUAUUGUUUAUUUAUUUCUGAGGAUAAAGUAAAUAAUGUUUAUUUCUUUUGGCCAAUAAUUCCUGAAUGUAGAAAAGAUAUGGCCAUGUUAAAUUAACUAUUUUUUUGAGUAGAAAAAAUCAUCGAAUGAUUUCUCCCGCCUUGGGUGAGGCAAGAGGGAGUGUCAGACUCUUACUGACUAAAAACCACCCCGUUCCUACUCCUGCUUUUCGAUCCGGAACCCCGGUAAACCCGUAGUAGGUAGUCCGUAGCUCCGGACGAUGACCCUUGCGAUUCUCUGCAGCCGCGAUCAUGUUAAAUUGAUUCUAAUCUUAUGAUUUAAUAUUAAAUGGUUUAGUUUUGUCAUAAAAGUCCGCUUCCAAUACAAUACGUUUGUUUACCAGUGUGCACAGAACAUGAUUGCGUAGAAAUAAAUAUAUGAUCAUAGA